CCGUUCUCAGUUCUCAUCUCACCAUCGUCGGCUUCCUUAGUCUCCCUCCGCUUAAACCCAAAACCUCACAAUUCACAGUCCAAUCGACAAAUCAAAAGUAUGCUACAGAGUAUAAAUCUCCAAUUCUUUUCCUCCCCAUCUCCACCAACAAAAGAAUCUCUGGUUUCCCCUAUAAUUUUUUCCCUUCCUCUCCGCUCCUGUUCAAUCCAAACAAACCGAGUCAAGAAGACAAAGCGUCUGGUUCGCUUUUGCGCCCCUUAUGAAGUCGGUGGUGGAUAUUCUGAGGAAGAAUUGUUCGAACGAGGCGGAAUCCAUCAGAGUAAAUCUAAUGUCGACGGCGAUAAGCUCGACGAGGCCCAGUACCAGGCUCUCCUUAAAGGAGGUGAACAAGUCACCUCCGUUCUUGAAGAAAUGAUCACCCUCUUGGAAGAUAUGAACAUGAAUGAAGCGUCCGAGAAUGUGGCAGUUGAAUUGGCGGCACAAGGAGUUAUAGGGAAAAGGGUUGAUGAAAUGGAGUCCGGAUUUAUGAUGGCUCUUGAUUACAUGAUCCAACUCGCGGAGAAAGACCAAGAUGAUAGGCGGAAGUCGAUACUAGAGGUUGUGAAGGAGACCGUGUUAUCCCAUCUUACGAGAAAAUGCCCUCCUCAUGUACAAGUGAUUGGUUUGCUCUGUAGAACCCCCGAGAAGGAAAGUAGACAUGAGCUCUUGCGUCGGGUGGCUGCUGGUGGCGGUGCAUUUGAAAGCGGCAAUGGCACUAAACUUCACAUACCCGGGGCAAAUCUUAACGACAUUGCCAACCAAGCUGAUGACUUGCUAGAGACGAUGGAAACAAGGCCGGUUGUUCCAGAUCGAAAGCUCCUUGCAAGGCUUGUUUUGAUCAGAGAGGAAGCACGUAACAUGAUGGGAGGGGGUAUACUCGACGAGAGAAACGACCGAGGUUUCUCUACUCUGCCCGAAUCAGAGGUGAAUUUCUUGACCAAAUUGGUGGCUCUUAAACCUGGAAAGACGGUACAGGAAAUGAUUAAAGACGUGAUGCAAGGGAAGAACGAAGGUGCUGAUGAUGAUCCUAGUAACGAUGAGGAGGGUUCUUCUACUCGAGGAAGACGGCAAAGCGGAAUAAACGGAAGAGGAAGUGUUACUGGACGGAAACCACUUCCCGUUCGACCGGGAAUGUUUCUGGAAACUGUCACAAAGGUAUUGGGCGGUAUAUACUCGGGUAACGUCUCGGGCAUCACAGCUCAGCAUCUAGAAUGGGUUCACCAGAAGACGUUACAAGUUCUUGAAGAGAUCGCGUUCUAGUUCCGUACUUGUCUUAGGUACUUCUUACAUUUGGAUCUUAAAUGUUUUGAUAAAAUGUUAAAAAAAGGACAGAAUACCAUUGAAGACGAACAGAACGUUAAAUGAGACCCAUCAACAUCUAAUCAAUUUUAUGAAACCAUGCACACAAUAUAGACCGUUUUCACGUCUCUAUCAA